AUGGCGUGGGAAGAGCCUCGAAAGACGGGUAUGAAGUACCGUCGACUUGGUAACUCUGGCCUUCAUGUCUCUGUUUUUGGCCUCGGUGGUUGGCUCACAUUCGGUGGACACGUAGAGAAUGAGCUCACAUUCUCCUGCAUGAAGCAGGCAUACGAUUGCGGUAUCAACUUUUUCGACACCGCCGAGAGCUAUGCUGGUGGCCAAUCCGAAGUCGUCAUGGGCCAGGCCAUCAAGAAGUACGGCUGGAACCGCAAUGAUAUUGUCAUCAGUACCAAGUUGAACUGGGGAGGCGCAAACGGUGAGGUUCUCGUAAACAACCACGGCCUCUCACGCAAGCACAUCAUUGAAGGUCUUCGAGCUUCAUUGAAACGAUUAGAUCUUGAGUACGUCGACAUCGUGUACGCGCACCGGCCGGAUCGCCUUACUCCCAUGGAGGAGACCGUUCGUGCCUUCAAUCACGUGAUUGAGGUUAAGGGAUGGGCCAUGUACUGGGGCACGAGCGAGUGGUCUGCAGAUGAGAUAGCAGAGGCUUGUGGCAUAGCCAAGCAGUUGGGACUCAUCCCUCCUAUUGCGGAACAGCCACAGUACAAUCUUCUACACAGGGGCAAGGUUGAGGGAGAGUUCCAGAGGCUCUACAGCCGAUUCGGCACAGGGCUUACCACUUACUCACCGCUGAAGUUUGGACUGCUGAGUGGGAAGUACAAUGACAAUCCAGAUACACCGCCUGCUGGCUCGCGGUUCGCUCAAGACGACAAUUUCAUCAACUCCUUCCGCGCUUCGUAUUAUGGAAAGACGGAAUGGCAGGAAUCCAUCGAGAAAUCGAUCAAAUUGAAGACGAUUGCAGAUAGGCUGAACGUCGCUCAGUCACAGCUGUCAUUGGCUUGGUGUCUUAGCAAUCCCAAUGUCUCAGCUGUGAUCACGGGAGCGUCGCGUCCCGAGCAGGUGGUUGAAAACUGCAAGGCCCUAGCGGUGUUGGACAAGCUCACACCUGAGGUGCUGGCAGAGAUUGAUGAAAUCGUGGGCAAGAUCACGCCCGACCCCGCCAGGCAAGAUUAG